CAAACCAGGAAGUGAGUCGCUUCUUGCUAACGGUGGCGUUAUUUUUAAAACUGUGAACAAACAAUCGAUUUGACAAUAAUGGAUACGUGUGCUGGGGCGCAAACAAAGGACUGGAAGAAUACGAAAGAGGCGGUUGCCAACUUUCGACGACUGCUACUUUGUUCAAAAUGCUCGCAGUUACUGAAGGAUCCAGUUUGUCUCGGAACAUGUGAGCAUAUGCUGUGCAGGUCGUGUGCAGGCCCUCAGGCAGGUGAUGGCUGUGUGGUUUGUCAGAGCCCUUCCUGGGUGAAAGACAUCCAAAUCAACAGGCAGCUCAGCAGUAUCAUACAGCUUUUCUGUGGCUUGGAAUCUGUGUUGAAUCCUGAUGGACUGCCAGACUCCUCUGAAGUAAUACGGGCGCAAAAUGAGGGCCCCAUCUUAAAACACAAGAAGAACUUCAAGAUCUGGUUCAGCCCUCGCAGCCGUAAAGUGCGUUGCGUGGUGGAAAAAGCUCCAAAAGUCUGCAGACCUGAAACCAAGUCAUUGGAAAAAGCAGCUGAAACACAGCCUGAUGCUCCAACGGCUAAAGUCACUGACUUGAUGGUUUUCAACUUCACAUCAUCCUCUCAAGACUCUGGCUCCUCUUCUCCAACAUCCAGCAAUAACAACCAAAACAGGAAGAGAAGAACAAAUGUGAAGAAGAUUGGCAGCAGAAAGAAAACAAUGAAAAGAGCAACAAAGAAACAACGGAGACAAAUGGUGAAGAAGAAGCUUGAUGCUGUAAACAAGCAAUGGAGGAUUACAGAGGUGGAAAGUACCUCAGUGGAAUCGGAACACCUUGCUGCAGAAGUUGAAAGCAGGUCUAAAAAAAAGGUUUCCUUCCUCAGCCCUGAUGUGUUAUCUGACAUUCAGGAUCUCGGCUCUGUGUCAGGCAAUUGCUCAGAAGGUAGCAUCGCUGCACCCAUGAACCCAGCACUGCUUUGUCAGAAUGAGUCAGACGGUUUUCAUCAUGACACACUGCCCACCUCUGACUCUAUCCCAAAAAGGAACGCUAAAAAACAGGCCACCUUAUCUUCUCCACAGCAUUCCUCAAAACACCCAAGACUGGAUGGAGAGGCCGUUACCCUGGAGACCACACCGAAAAGGCCAACAGCCUCACCGAGCUGCUGUCGAAGGUCAUUGGGUCACUCGUCUCCUGCUGCCCUUAAUUCUUUGUCUUUGCCCAGCUUAAGGUGUAAAAAGACCACCCAUGAAGAUGGAGGAGAGAGUCCCUCCGUUCCAAUUAUUGUAGGUCGAAAAUCUACCUCUCCUCGUGCUUCUCUGGGACGCUGUAACUCGAGGAACCCAGCAGUUGUGAAGAAGAACCGCAAAGGAGAGACCUCGCUGCAUUUGGCUGCUAUAAAGGGGGAUGUAAAGGAUGUCAAGAAACUACUGGACCAGGGAGCUGACCCCAACCUGAAGGAUAAUGCAGGAUGGACACCUUUGCACGAAGCAUGUAACCUGGGUCAUCUGUUAGUAGUGGAGGCGCUAUUAUCAAGAGGGGCCCUGUUGAACACUCCUGGCUAUGAAAAUGACUCUCCACUUCAUGAUGCUGUACGAAACGGGCACAUAGCCGUCGUCAAAUUGCUGCUUCAGUUUGGAGCCUCACAGAGUGUGCUUAAUCUUCAUGGCAAGCGGCCUGCAGACUACGCUGUAAGUCAGGAGAUGCUGGAGGUCUUCCAGGAAGUGCCUGAGGAAGCCCAAAAUGCAAAUACAUCUAUCACCAGCCCGGCCAGUCUCUCUCUAGUGGGUAAUUGUGCGAAGCAAGAAGAAAUCGUUUUGUUUCUGUCGAGCAAGCUGUCACAAACAGACCAGCAUCAGUUUGCCAAGCUGAGCAGGCUUUUGGGGGGAAGGAUAACAGACUCCUUUACUUAUUCAGUGAGCCAUAUUGUGGUGCCAGAAGGACCCUUGCUGAGCACUUACUCAACCCUUCUUGGACUUCUUGCAGGCUGCUGGAUUGUCAAAUACAGCUGGGUGGAGGCAUGUCUGCAGGCAGGCAAGUGGAUGCCAGAAAACGAGCACGAAGCAGGAGAAGGCCCCCAGCGCAGUCGCAUCAACCGCUGCAGCUUGCUCCCACCACUCUUCGACGGCUGUUUCUUCUUCCUGUUGGGCUCCUUUAAGUCGCCUCCAAAAGAUAAACUGGCCAAACUACUCUGCGAUGGAGGAGGUCAACUCUUGAGUCGGCAACCCAAACCCGACAGUGAUGUGACUCAAACCCUCAGUGCUGCUGCCUACCACGCUUUGCCGGGAUCAGACCAGGCCCUCUGCACCCAAUACAUCAUCUUUGACCACCAGGGUCCUCACAAGCCUGCUGUGGUUCGGAGGGGCAAAGUGUGGUCUGCUCCCUCCACCUGGAUCAUCGACUGUAUAGUAGCUUUCCGACUCCUCCCUGUACCAAACCUUCAGUCCGUAUAAAGGUUUUUUAACACCAACUUUGGUAAUAUCCGCUUCUUAUCAUUGUCAUUUAAUUUCUGCCUCUUUUCAUUUGUUAUAAUCAUGUUAUAAUGUUAAUAUGAAAUUAUGGGUUCAUCGUGAAAUACUGAGUGAGUAAAUAAUGUAGGUCAGACUACAGUCCCAAUCUGAUAAUUUUCCCCCAAAAAUGCCACCCCCAUUGUAAAAUGCGAUAGCAUGAGGAAGUAUGGCAGUACUGUAUAUCCAAACUUUUGAUUGGUACUGGACUGAUAAGAUGUAGUUUGGAUGUCCAAAAGUAAAGGUGUUGUACAAUGUGGUUCAGGUUUGAUCUCGCAGAUUGAUAACUGUAGCCUGGGAGGAAUGGAAAAAUAAAUGCCUUGGUAAAGUAUAUUGCUUAGGUUGUUUUUAUUACUGUGGGUCCCUUGAAAGGCACUGAAUGUCUUCGAAACUUUUUCUUAUGAAAAGCAAUAUCUGGAAUCCGUGACUCGGCCGAUCUCUAUUGAACACACACACAAGGAUUUGUGAUCAUAAAUAUUGAACAACAUUAACGAGCGGGGGCACCAACUGGUUUUCCGACAUACCUCACACCACAAAAUAAUAGCGAAGGAUGAUCUUUUAGAGAAAUCCCACAAUCGGUGCUCAAAUUAGGCCCGAGUAUGGAUGUGUACUCUUCUUGAGACGACGACUAAGACUCUCAAGAAGUCAUUGAUUUCUCCAGUGUCAUGAAAAAGUAUUUGCUUGCUUCAGACUCCCAAGGGUUUGGUUAUGGGGUUAUUUUCUGCAAUAGUGAAAGAGCCGUUUGUCCUUAUGUGAGUCAUUGCUGCCACAUUAUAGUUACUAUGCCAAUAAUUUUACUGUACCAGAGAUGUGCAGGUGAGGAACUGCACUACAUUGAUCAAUUUAAAAAAAAAAAAAACAACAACAAUGCCCUCAAUCCACAAUAAGUGAGCUGCAAUAUAGCGAGUGAUUACUGUAUUGAAAUGGUCUGUUUUGUGUUAUAUUUGUGAUGUCUAUUGCAGAAGUAGGACGGUUGUGGCUGUUAAGAGGAUCUGAUCACAAAACUCAUGUUGUGAGUUGCAAAAUGAACAGAAUCUAAAAGCAGCUUUGAGUUAAGACGAUCUGAUCACAAAACUCAUGUGAGUUGCAAAAUGAACAGAAUCUAAAAGCAGCUUUGAGUUAAGACGAUCUGAUCACAAAACUCAUGUUGUGAGUUGCAAAAUGAACAGAAUCGAAAAGCAGCUUUGAACAGCACCAGGAAAAGAUCAUGAAAAUGUUUUGGAAAUACAGAUUGCAGAGUCUCUGACAGGAUUAAUUGUCAUUAGUUACCUUAAUUGGAUGUUAUACAA